AUGAAGAUUCACUCUUCGUCGCUUCUCCUCUUCCUCCUUCCUGCGCUUUCGGUCGCGCUCACGGACCCGAGCUCGGCCAACAACGGUGCAAAAGACGCUCUUCUCGCAGAGCGGGAAGCUUCGACUCCAAAUGCCGUCGAAAUAGAUGCCGCCGCCGCACCCAAACCCGCCAAAGGGACGCUGGACGCCCCGAUCGACGGCAAGGAUGGUCGGCCACAUGCGGGUCCCUGGGUGGAAACAAGUGCAGAGCGGGAUCGCAAGAAGACGGGCUCUACCACCUUGUCGGAGGAAAAGGCAAAGACCGAUCCUAAAGCGGAACAAAUGGGCCCUGAUGGCAACCCAAUUCCCUACUCCAACGACGGCGUGAUGGAUGAUCCUAAUCGGACGGGCCCCAAGGAGGGUACUCGUGGGACAGAAGGUGGGGUGUCUGAGAAGCUGAGGGAACCAUACAACAAUGAAAAGACGCCGGGCAGCCCGAAGGAGGCUCCUCCGUUGCCGCACAGUGAGCAGCAAAAGCUGCCAGUGGCGGGUCAGGAUGCCGAAGUCAAGGACACCAAGGGAUCGAGCACCGACUCGACCCUCGGAAAAUUGGAGAAACCCGCAGAUUUGCCAGAAAAGCCCCACGACAUCCCACCUCCCAAGUCCCCGGCCACUGUCAAAGAUAGCCCUCUCGGUCUCGAUAAGCAUGGCUCCUCGGGCAACAAGCCUGGCGAGCCUCUGGAGGAGGGAACUGCAUUCCAUUCGUUGUUGUUCUCGUUCACCAUGAUUGUCGUAUCUGAAAUUGGUGACAAGACUUUCCUGGUUGCCGCGCUCAUGGCUAUGCGUCAUCCGCGUUUGCUUGUUUUCUCCGCCGCUUUCAGCGCCCUCAUCUUCAUGACUGUUCUCUCAGCUGUCCUAGGACACGCAGUACCUACUCUGAUCCCCAAGUCUCUGACGAAAUUGUUGGCGGCCGUUCUAUUCUUCGUGUUCGGUUUGAAGAUGCUCAAGGAAGGUCGCGAAAUGUCGCCCGACGAGGGUGUUGGAGAGGAGAUGAAGGAGGUCGAAAUGGAACUGGAAGAAAAGGAGCAAGAGCAGCUGCGUAUGAACCGUCGCCGUUCGUCCGUGACUCCUCACUCGUUGGAAGCUGGCCGCGUCGGUCGUCGCAAGUCUCGCUCUUCCGGUAACCGUCUUCCUUCACCUCCCGAGAGUGUUUCAUCGUCGUCCUCUCGUGCUUCCUCUCCCUCUGGUAACCGCUGGAAUGAUGUUCUUGUCGGGAUGAACAACCUUUUCUCGCUUCUUCUCAGUCCCGCCUGGGUUCAGACUUUCGUUAUGACCUUCCUGGGCGAGUGGGGUGACCGCAGUCAGAUUGCAACCAUUGCUAUGGCUGCCGGUCAAGAUUACUGGUGGGUGACCAUCGGUGCUAUCUCCGGACACGGACUUUGCACUGCGGCCGCCGUGAUUGGCGGCAGUGCUAUUGCUGGCAAGGUCAGCAUGCGCGUCGUAACGCUGGGCGGUGCCACGGCAUUCUUGGUCUUUGGUGUCAUCUACUUGUUUGAAGCCAUCUAUUAG